AUGAUCAGAGCCCUGCUCGUCGUCUUCUGGGCCACGUCUUCAGCGCAGGUGCUUGAUUGCGAGCCCUCAGAAUGUCCGACCACGUUGCUGCAGGGUCGGCUGGAUCUGGUGGCCGAGAGAAGGAGCAAGCAAAGCCGCGAGCUGCUUUGUACAAGCUCUGACUGCACCCCGGCCGUCUUCAUUGUGAGCUCCGGGAGAACCGGCUCUACAAGCAUACUGCACAUGUUGAACCUCAUCCCGGGGUACGACAUCAAAGGUGGGAACAUGAUGCUGUGGCCCGACGUCUACGACAUGAACAAGGUGCGGGAGGCGGAUUUCAAAAUCUAUCAGCACAGCGGCCUCUAUGCAUGGCACCAUGCGAACGGACGGAACGAGACGGAGCUCAUGUGCAGCAUGAAGAUGAUGCUUCUAGGCGAGCUGAAUCCCAGCGAGCACGCCCGUGUCAUUGGCUACAAGGCCAUCAAGUGGCGUUUCGAGGAGGACCUGAAGGACUUGGAGUUGCUGAUGGAGGCCUUCCCUUGCGCCAAGGUGAUCUUGAGCAAGAGAAGGAACAUCGAUGAUCAGCUUCUGUCCCAAGGAGAAGUGUUUGGAAGCAUGGACUACUAUGCCACGGAGCACGCGAACAAGGCGAUGGACAAGUUCGCAAAGCAUCACAGCGACAGGUCUUUCAGCUUGGACUUGGAGGAUUUCGACGUCGAACACUUCAACACUUUACUGGGCUUCUUGGGUGAGGACGAAAAGUGCCGGUACGUGGAUGUCGUACAUGACAAUGCCGGCAGAUUUCCGUCGCCUGCGAAGCCGCUGGAAUGGUCGGCAAUAAGGUGUAACAUAGGGGCCUAA